CCUGUCUGCUUAAUUAAUUUCCCACGCUUUCCUAAAAUGUCUUUUAAAGUUCAUGCAUUAUUUUUUGUGCUUAGUUUACUGCACAUGAAAUUGGCAUUUGGAUUGGAUUCAAAUGUUAAGGAUGCCAACAACAACAUCAAUAGGUGCAUAGAGAGGGAGAAACAGGCAAUACUUCAAAUCCAACAAAGCAUUCAUUUUUCAUCACUCACCAUACCUAAAAGAGACGAAGAUUGCUGCAAGUGGAAAGAGGUUCAGUGUGACAAUCAAACAGGCCACGUGAUUGCUCUGGAUCUUCAUAAAAAACCGCUGCCAUUUGUUGUUCCUUCUUAUGAAGCAGGUACGAUUAAUGAUUCUCUCAUUGAGCUGCAGUAUUUGGAACAUUUGGACCUCAGUCUUAACUAUUUAAGCCAUAUUCCGGAGUUCCUAGCAUCUCUAACAAAUUUAAGACACCUCAAUCUGUCUAGGACUAAUAUCAGUGACACAGUUCCAUUUCAGCUUGGAAACCUUGUCAAGUUAGAGUAUCUAGAUCUGAGUGGCAAUUCGUUUGCAAAAAUUGAAAACCUCAAAUGGGUUUCUAAUCUUUCAUCUUUGGAAUAUCUUGAUCUAAGUAUGAUCAAUCUAAGCAAAUUCGAUGAUUGGUUGGAAACAACUAAUAGUCUUAACAAGCUAUCAACUUUGAAGUUAGGUGGCUGUGAUCUUCCUUCUCCAACUCUCUCACCUUCUCUUUCCCCUAGCAAUUCUUUUAAGUACUUAUCCAUCCUUAAGGACCUCGAUGUUCAUGGAAACCGUUUUAAUGCUUCGGUAUUCCAAUGGUUGUUUAGCCAUAAUACUAGCACUGAUAGCCUUCUUUAUCUCAACAUCUCCUACAACCAGUUAUAUGGUUUGAUUCCUGAAGCUAUUGGCAGUAUGAAAUUUCUUGAACGUCUUGAUCUUAGCUAUAAUCGACUUGAAGGUGAGAUUCCAAAAUCGUUUGGGAGUUUAUGUAGCUUGAAGAUGUUAUAUCUGAUAGGAAAUAAAUUAAGUGGGCAGCUUGGGUUCCUUGAAAUGUUGUCUAGAUGUGGUCAUGAUGAUCAAGACUCAUCGGCACCGCGUCUAAAAGAUUUGGAUCUCAGAUUCAAUAAAUUAAAUGGAACAUUACCUGAGAGUAUUGGGAAUUUGCCCGAGCUGGAGAGUUUGUAUCUGGGUAGGAAUAUGUUUGCGGGUGUGAUUUCAGAAGCUCAUUUCUCACAACUUUCCAAACUGACGUCCUUGGAUUUGUCUUCCAACUCGUUGGUUUUAAACUUCUCUUCUGAUUGGAGUCCUCCUUUUCAGUUGGACGCCAUAAGUUUGAGUUCUUGCAAAUGGGGGUCCCACUUCCCAGAUUGGAUUCAAACUCAAACCAAUUAUUCUGAGCUUGACAUUUCAAAUGCUUCAAUUUCGGGUACCCUUCCUAGUUGGUUUUGGAAAGGUCUAUCUUCCAAAUCAUGCCGCGUGAAUCUUGCACACAACCAAAUCAAUGGAAGUCUUGAAGAUUAUCCAUCGUUAAAGUUUGCAAGUAAUCCGGAAUUGAAUUUGAGUUGGAAUCAUUUGGAAGGUUCAAUUCCAUCAUUUCUAUCAGGUUUCACAUCUUUGGAUCUCUCCAACAAUAAAUUCUCAGGGUCCAUUUCAUUGUUAUGUGGAGCCACCAGUCUAAGCUUUGUUGAUCUCUCAAACAAUCGAUUGUCAGGGGAGCUACCGAAGUGCGAUAACCCAAUCCCUCUUGGAUCUCUUGUCAUUCUUGAUUUGGCCAACAAUAAUUUUUCUGGCACAUUAUUUCCUGCAUGGAUAGGCACCAUGAUAAAUAUCCAAGCCUUGCAGUUGCGGAACAACAACUUUACUGGACAAGUUCCUCAUACGUUGAAGAAUUGUAGAAAGCUACAAGUUCUGGAUGUUGGAGAAAAUGAAUUGUCAGGACCAAUUCCAGAAUGGAUAGGGACUAGCUUUGAAGAUUUGAUUGUCCUUAGCCUUCGAUCGAAUCACUUCAAUGGAGGUAUACCUUUACAACUAUGCAAUUUGUCACGUCUUCAAAUCUUUGAUCUGUCCGCGAACAACAUAUCUGGAGCGAUACCAAACUGCAUCAACAAUCUUAAUGCCCUGUCUGAAAAAGGUAAUACCAAUGAAACAAUUAGCAUAUCUUACACAAGCGGUGUUGGUUCUUUGACAACUUACGCGACCAUUUUUGACCCUGAAGCAUCAAUGAAUUGGAAAGGUAAUGUUUACGAAUACAAUAGCAGUCUUCUGGGAAAAGUGAAGAACAUUGACUUGUCAGACAACAAGUUAAAUGGGGAAAUUCCAAGAGAAAUUUCUAAACUAGUAGGUUUGGUAUCUUUGAACUUGUCAUGGAACAGGUUGAUUGGUCAAAUCCCUCUGGAUAUUGGUAACUUGGAAUCUUUGCAAACUCUGGACUUAUCGAACAACCAGUUAAAUGGUUCAAUUCCAAAGAGUGUUUCCAAGAUACCUCGACUUUAUCCGAUGAACUUGUCAAAUAACAGCUUGUGGGGUGAAAUUCCAACAGGCCCUCAGCUCGACACUUUUGAUGGCGAAGUGUACCAGGGAAAUCCUGGACUAUGUGGAUAUCCACUUGAGAAUUCUUGUUCACCAAGUAAUCCACCUCCGUCCACAACUGCUAGCGAUGGCAAUGAGGUGGUGGAUAUGGAUUGUUUUUAUUUAAGCAUGGCGCUUGGCUAUUCUGUGGGAUUGUCAGCAGUUUUUGUCACUUUACUGUUAAACACCUCAUGGAGACGAUCCUACUUUAACUUCCUCAGUAACGUAAAUGAUUGGAUUUACGUCAAAGUAGCAAUCAACAAAGCAAAAUUGUGUGAACUCUUCAAAACUUUAACAAAUAAUGGCAACCAGUCUGCACUUCCAAGACAAGGACGACUGCCUUCCUAAGAGCGAUCAAGAGCUAGCCAUGUUAAGUUUAGUAUACCUAGCGGACAAUCUGUUGUUGCUGUUGUUGUUGGUUUUUUAUUUUUUAAUCUUUUUGUUGUUGUAUUGCAUUUUUCAAUCUAUUUGUUACUGUAUUGAACUUCAUACUAGUAAGAAUUUUAUGUGAAUGUGUUCCUAUU